AUGAGUGGAUGUCCCUAUUUUGACAGGAGGCAUUUGUUGUUUCAAAACCAGCCUCUGGAGCAGAAAGAAGAGCAAGAUGCGUCUCAGGCAGGCGUCAACAAGGCCAGUAAAAGAGGUAUCAUCUACGGCGACUACCUCAAGCUGGAUAAAAUCUUGACGGCCCAGGUGCUGCAGAGCGAGCUGAAGGGCAACAAGAUUCACGACGAGCACCUCUUCAUCGUCACGCAUCAAGCUUAUGAGCUGUGGUUCAAACAGAUUCUGUUCGAGUUGGAUUCAGUCCGCGAGAUCUUCAUUAGUCGACACGUGCGAGAUGAACGCUACAUGCUCAAAGUCAACACUCGCAUCCACAGGAUCGUGAUCAUCUUAAGGCUGCUGGUGGAGCAGUUCGCCAUCCUGGAGACCAUGACAGCCUUGGACUUCUUUGCUUUCAGGGAAUAUCUGUCUCCGGCUUCUGGCUUCCAAAGCCUUCAGUUCCGGCUCUUGGAGAACAAAAUCGGGGUUCCCGACAACAUGAGGGUGCCCUACAAUAGGCAGCACUACCGCGACAUCUUCAAGGGUCAGGACCGCGAGUUGCUGCUCGCCACCGAACAGGAGCCCACGCUCUUGAAAUUGGUCGAGGAGUGGCUGGAGAGAACUCCUGGCCUGGAAACAGAAGGCUUCAACUUCUGGGAAAGUCUGGAGAUCAACAUCUUGACUGGCCUCAACACGGAGGAGCAGAACAUUGAGCAAAUGUCGGACUGUGAGGACAAAGAGGAGAUGAUGGCCGAGUUGCUGAAGCAGAAGGAGGUCUUCACGUCCUUGUUUGACGACAAGCGGCACGAGCAUCUGCUCAGCAAAGGUGAGAGGCGGCUGUCAUACAAAGCGCUGCAAGGCGCUCUCAUGAUCUACUUCUACAGGGAGGAGCCCAGGUUCCAGGUUCCAUUCCAGCUGCUCACCUUGCUCAUGGACAUCGACACGCUCAUGACAAAAUGGAGAUACAAUCACGUAUGCAUGGUGCACCGGAUGAUCGGCAUCAAGGCGGGCACGGGGGGCUCGUCCGGAUACCACUACCUGAGAUCCACUGUCAGUGACCGCUACAAGGUCUUUGUGGACUUGUUUAACCUGGCCACGUUCCUGGUUCCUCGCCACUGGGUGCCCAAGUUGAACCCCAACGUCCACACCUUUCUCUACACGGCCGAGUGCUGCGACAGCUCCUACUGCAGCAGCGAGGACUCGGACUAGCGCAGAAAACCACAGGCAAACCCAACAAACAUGCAUAUAAAAAAAAGACUAUG